AUGUCCAAGAGUCUGGAUCGAGACGUCUUUUAUAAUACCAUCACAACUUCCAAUGGACAGUCCCUUCUUCGCUCGUUGCUAUCUGAGCCGAUUAGGUGCGUUUCACGGACAUCGAAACCAAACGAUCACCGGGCACUUCUGGAUGAAUUACCCAAUGAGACACAAGCUGCUUUACCCAGUCGAGAUGGGGCAGUGCGACUGACUGACGCCUAUUUCGAGCACUGCGAGUUCUUCUCUCCCAUCAUAUCAUCGAAGCACGACUUUUCUUCCUCAAUCGUGCUGCUUUACAAUGAGGGCCCAAACGGCCAGACUACGCUUUCGGGACGUUCUGGGGUGUCGCCGACUAUGUUCCGCGCAUACAUAGUCUUUGCCACGGCAGUCUUGUUGCUCAACAGGACGGAUUCCGCAUUCCCCAUAUCCAGGGCAGACAACUACUUCGCCACAGCGAUCCAGCUUCUUGCCCAAAAUCCAGCCGUCAUUUGCACUGGCGAUCCCGGUCAUCUCUGCAACCUGCUCCUCGUGGCACAGUAUUGUUGCUUCGCCUCUAAUCUAAGCGGGGCAUGGCACUUUGUCGGCGUCGCGUCCAGGCUGGCAGUCGAGCUGGGCCUACACGAUGAGCGUGCCGUUGUGACGAAACUCAGUCAAGACGAAAUUAGCCAGCGCCGAUGGCUUUUCUGGGCACUAUACACAUUGGAGCGAAACCUUUGCGUCAUUGUGGGAAGACCCUUCUCUAUUCCAGACGAAGCCAUUCACACACCAUUACCCGACCUCGCCGAAGCCGAUGGGAGCCGAGCCCUGGCUCUUCACUUGAUCAAGCACCGCAGGCUCGAGUCAGAGAUCUACACCACCCUCAACCAGAAGCCACCAGUGAACGGUGCCGUCAUUGAUCUCUUAACAUGGCGCGAGGGCAUGAGACGUAGAGUCAUAGAAUGGUCGAACUCAGCGCCGACCACAACCGCCCCGUCGACACAACUGGCGCCCACUGACAUAUUCAGCUCCAUCCUGCACAUUGACCUGGUCCUUCUUUAUUAUCCUUCAGCAUCUUUUCCCGACCCUUCGGAGAACGACAUCCUCAUUGUCGCGCAGAGUGCCUCCGAGUGCAUCAGUAACUACCGCCGCGCCUUUCGAGACGGACAGCUGCGCUUCUUCUGGCGCACGACGCACAAUCUCUUCAGGAGCGGCGUCGCGACGGCCUACUGCGUCCACCUGAACUCCAUGCACCAUUACCCGGACCUCAACCAAGCGGACAUGAUUGCGUCUAUCAAUACCUGCAUGUCUGUCCUCUGGGCCAUGGUCGAGCGCUAUCCUCCCGGGUCGGUAUACCGGGAUGCAUUUGAGGUCCUGUCGAAUUCUGUCCUUAGGUCUGCUAGUAAUGUUGGCAGCCUGGGAGAUGUGCAGCAUCAGGGAACAUCUCAAAUCGCGUUUGAACAGCCGUUCUGGGCAGAUAUGGCGUUGCCCCAGACAUCACUGGGUGCCUUGUAUUGGGGAUUUGGGAACGUCCCGUGGAGCUGA